AUGGCGCUGCUCCUGAGACUCGGCUGCUCGUUGCUGGCGCUCAGCACCUGUCUGCUGCCGCGGGCACGGGCAGACUGCGGCCGCGACUGUGCCGCCUGCGCCUACCGCCUGGGACCCCGCGCCGGCAUCCACCCCCUGGCAUGUACACUAGAGUGUGAAGGAAAGCUGCCUUCUGCCAAAGCCUGGGAGACCUGCAAGGAGCUCCUGCAACUGGCAAAGCUGGAUCUUUCUGAGGAUGGCAGCAUUACUCCAGGAGACAAGAAAGAGCUGGAUGAGAACCAUCUGCUUGCAAAGAAGUAUGGAGGCUUCAUGAAAAGAUACGGGGGAUUCAUGAAGAAAAUGGAUGAGCUCUAUCGGGCAGAACCGGAGGAUGAAGCCAACGGAGGGGAAAUCCUGGCUAAGAGGUAUGGAGGGUUUAUGAAGAAAGACUCAGAUGACGAUGCCCUUGCUAAUUCCUCUGAUCUGCUGAAGGAGCUUCUAGGAACAGGAGAGAACCCUGAAGCGGGGCAUUACAGAGAGCUAAACGACAAUGACGGGGAUGUCGGCAAAAGGUACGGAGGCUUCAUCAGAAGCGUGAAGCGCAGCCCGGAAAUGGAGGAUGAAGCCAAAGAGCUGCAAAAGAGAUAUGGUGGGUUCAUGAGAAGAGUGGGCAGGCCAGAGUGGUGGCUGGAUUACCAGAAACGAUACGGAGGGUUUCUUAAGCGCUUCGCCGACUCCAUCCUCCCUUCAGAAGAUGAUGGGGAAACUUAUUCCAAAGAGGUCCCAGAGAUGGAAAAGAGAUAUGGUGGAUUUAUGAGAUUUUAA